UUACACGCUUUGACGCCAAGAGACGUCUCAGAAAAUAUUAGAUAUUGUCUGAAUUUAAUGGUACGGAUGUAACAUCGGAAUUACUGGAGAUGCGCAGUAACGCGCCACAGUGGAAUAAUAAACUGGAAAGCAGGUUUUAUACCCAUUUAUACAUAUCGGAAUUAUCCGCAAAUUUACGGAUUACAACGUAUCUGGAAUAAUGAUUUACGUCAUUUUACUGUUAUGUUUUAUCUCCUCAUCAGACUCUGUCAUGGAUCUCACCAUGAUUUCUGAAGUGGGGCCCAAUGGCAACAUGCACAAAUUGACGUGUGUCAGUGGUGAGCGCAACCCUAAACUUAACCUGGAUAUCAAGAAAGACAACACAAUCAUCAUGUAUCCAAAAAAUCCCACGUUCAAAGUGACCCCAGUGGCCGGUGUGGCCAAUGAAGCCAGAAAGGUGAUCGCAUCUGGCUUCCAUCAAAUAGAGCAUGCAGGCAUUUUUCACUGCCGUUCCAGCCAUCAUACAGUGACUUUGGUCAGCAACCUUUACAAAGAGGGGCUGUUCCCAGCACAACUCUCUGUCACUGCCAAUAAGGGAGAUACAGUGGAAUUGGUCACACACAUCAACAAAACGGAUAGAAAAGAAGAGAUCACAUGGAAACAUAAUGGUAAUUUCUACUCUACAACACAUGUGCAAGAACGGGUAGAAAAUACAGCCAAGCUGACUUUAAGCCAAGUCACUGAGGAAAACGCUGGGAUCUACAGUGCCAACUUCAUUGGUCAGAGUAUGCUCUUUGGUGCCAUCAUGAGACUCAUUGUGAGAGCUUGUCCGGGCAUGAAGUGGGGGCUCGCCUGCGAUCAGGACUGUCCCGAGUGCCUCAACGGUGGGGUGUGUCACGACAAGAGUGGCGACUGCAUCUGCCCGCCGGGGUUCAUGGGAAUGCGCUGCGAGACAGCAUGCCGGGAAGGGAAGUUUGGUCACAACUGUCAGGAAUCCUGUAGUAAGCUGAUGAACUGCAAAGGAUUAAGCUUCUGUCUGCUGGAUCCUUAUGGAUGCUCCUGCGCCAGUGGUUGGCAUGGAGCUCUCUGCAAUGAAAAAUGCCCAGAUGGCAUGUAUGGUGCGGAUUGUCGACUGCGCUGUGACUGCAAGAACGGGGGAACCUGCAACCCUUACAGUGGAUGCCAGUGCCAGACAGGGUGGCGUGGGCAACACUGCGAGAAAUCAGAGCACGCCCCUCGGAUCAUUGAGAUGGACGACAACCUGGAGUGGAACCUGCACUCAAGCCCGAAGCUCACGUGCUCUGCCACGGGCAACCCCCCGCCUAGGCACAUGAGCAUAGUGCUGCGCAAGCUGGACAGCACUGAACUUCAGCCUAUCCACACGACCACUGACUCGAACAAGAGCACCGCCCAUUUUGAAAUCCCUCGCUUGCAAGCAGAGCACGGAGGCCUGUGGGAGUGCAGAGUAUCGACAAACGGCGGGCAGGACUCACGCAAGUUCAAUCUAACUGUCAAAGAGCCACCAUGUCCCACCACAGCUCCCACACUGCUGGAGAAGGGCAGCAAGUAUCUCCAGGUGAAGCUGUGGGACACCUACCGAGGAGACGGACCCAUCAUCGCCACCAAAGUCCUCUACAAACGCCUGGACUCGUCGGAUCUCUUCUCCUCCUUUAGCGUAUACAACACUGACCCCAUCAGCCUGAUGCACCUGCAGCCCUCCACCAGGUAUCUUGUGCAGGUCCAGCUCAGCCGGCCUGGGGAGGGAGGAGAGGGGGCCUCCGGACCAGAGGCCAUCAUGAAGACCGACUGUCCAGAGCCCGCGGCCAGACCGAAGAUCGAUUUCCACUCGCUGGAGGGCCGUAACGCCACGGUCAAGUGGUCUCUGCCCCAGGGCCACGGCUCAGCCACGGGCUUUUUAGUUGAGUUCUACGGACCCACGGGGACGAAGCUGUGGGAGAAGCACAACAUGCUCAGUGUGCACUCCAUCGAUCUCCACAACCUGGAGUACCACCAGGACUACCGCGUGGUCGUCCGUUUGGUCAACUGUGGCAGUCUCGGGCCGGCCUCAAAGCCCUACAUCCUCCGCGUCAACAGUCAGGGACCCUCGUCACCGCAGAACAUCCGUGUGGACCACAUCGCCUUCAACGCAGUGCGAGUUCAGUGGCAGCCUCCAGUGGACCCCAACGGGGGCAUCAUUAAGUACACCAUUGAGUACCAACCUGUCGGCCAAAAGAGCGUGCAUCUCUGGGUGGACACCGAAGAUGGCAACAAGACCACCAAAGACAUUACUGCCCUCAAUGGCAGCACCCACUAUCAGUUCAGGGUCAGGGCAUUUUCCAAGGUGCCUGGAGAGUGGAGUGCGUUUGUGGAAGCCCCGAUCCAAGGAGAUGGUACACUCAGAUUCACACCCACCACCCAGGAAGUGAUAAAACCAGGGGGGGACAGCUCUCAGCUCCUGGUGGCGGUGGUGGGCUCGGUGACCGUCACCUGUGUCACCAUCCUCCUGGCCCUGGUGGUCCUCUUCUGCAUACGCAAAAGCCUGCUCAAACGUCGGCGCACGUUCACCUACCAGUCUGGAUCGGCAUUGACACCUCGUGGAGAUCAUGCCUUUCUCCCUGUUCCCACUCAGGGGGAGGAGACCAUCCUGCAGUUCAACUCGGGCACCCUGACCCUGACCAGGCGCCCAAAGCCCAACCCAGAGCCUCUGACAUACCCCAUCCUGGUGUGGGAGGACAUCAAGUUUGAGGACGUCAUCGGUGAGGGCAACUUUGGUCAAGUGAUCAAGGCUAUGAUCAAGAACAAGGACGGCAACAAGAUGAGUGCUGCCAUCAAAAUGCUGAAAGAGUUUGCCUCUGAGAAUGAUCACAGAGACUUUGCAGGAGAACUGGAGGUCCUUUGUAAACUUGGCCAGCACCCCAACAUCAUUAACCUCAUUGGUGCCUGUGAGAAUAGAGGGUACCUCUACAUUGCCAUUGAAUACGCACCUUACGGGAAUCUGCUGGACUUUCUGAGAAAGAGCCGUGUCUUAGAGACAGACCCAGCCUUCGCCAAAGAGCAUGGCACUGCGUCGACUCUUACCUCUCAACAGCUGCUUCAGUUUGCUGUUGAUGUAGCCAAUGGCAUGCAUUAUCUUAGUGACAAACAGUUUAUCCACAGAGAUUUAGCUGCCAGAAAUGUGCUGGUAGGAGAAAACCUGGUUGCCAAGAUUGCCGAUUUUGGUUUGUCUCGAGGAGAGGAGGUGUAUGUCAAGAAGACCAUGGGGAGAUUGCCUGUGCGAUGGAUGGCUAUAGAGUCGCUAAAUUACAGUGUUUACACCACAAAGAGUGAUGUAUGGUCAUUUGGGGUCCUUCUCUGGGAGAUUGUGAGCUUAGGUGGAACGCCGUAUUGUGGAAUGACCUGUGCAGAGCUCUACGAGAAACUCCCACAGGGAUACCGAAUGGAGAAACCCAAGAACUGUGAUGAUGAAGUGUAUGAGCUGAUGCGACAGUGCUGGAGGGAUCGGCCGUACGAGCGACCACCGUUCUCACAAAUCUCUGUGCAACUCACCAGGAUGCAAGAGGCAAGGAAGGCAUACGUGAACAUGGCGCUCUUUGAGAACUUCACCUAUGCUGGUAUAGACGCCACUGCUGAGGAAGCCUGACUACCCGCCCCCCCAGACCCUGAGAGGGCGCGCCGCCCGGGGAGGGAGCGCCGUGGCCGCACACCGCGCUACUGCCACCCCCCCGCGGCCCGUGCCAAGGCCCACAGCCGGCACUCCACCCGGACCACCUGGCUCUAGACAGCAAACUGUGAAAGGACACUGACGCGG